AUGUCCAUGGGCCUCGGAUACUUAAUCUCCAGCGCAGGCCAGUUUGUGGCCGGAAUCACCGUGGCCAUGAUACAUGGACCCCGGCUGACCCUGUCUGUCUGCGUUAAGAUCGGCAUGUCCUGGGGAGUUCUCAACUUCAUCUUUGCCUCGCUCUAUGCAGUCACACUCUAUGUCGGGGGCCACGGUCUUCUGACCGGUGCCACCAACAAGCAGGGUGGAGACGUGGUUACCGUGCUCAUUUCUCUGAUCACGGGCAUGGGCGGCGUGAACUCCUUUAGCGGCUACCUCCCCACGAUGACCAAGGCCUUGGCCUCCGCGGCGGCCCUGAGACUCGGCCGCGCAGGGAAGGAGGUGAUGGUGGCUGAGGCUCACGACAUCGAGCCGGAAGGCUUCAAAGCUGGGGAGCUGCCGCAGCACCUCCAAACAGUGCAGAGCCUGGAGUUCCGGUCUGUCAGCUUCAGCUAUCCCACGAACCCGGAGAAACGGAUCCUGGACCAGCUUUCCUUCCAGGUGGUGAAGGGACAAAAGGUGGCCUUCGUGGGGGAGAGUGGCUGCGGGAGACGGGGUGACAAGCAACCCUUUUGCCAGUUCUGUGUUUCCCUCAGGAAGAGCACCACGAUCCAGCUUCUGGAGCGCUUCUACGAUCCGGAUAAGGGGGAAAUCCUGGUCAAUGGCGUCUCGCUGCGCAGUCUGCCAGUGCGUGCUUGGCGGAGGCUGAUCGGCUACGUUGGUCAGGAGCCGGUCCUGUUCGCAGCCUCUGCCAUGAAGAACUUGAAGGCAGGAGACGGUUCGAUCACUGACGAGGAGGGGGAGGCCAUCGAAGCGGCCCGCAGUGCGCAGAUCCUGGACACGCUGACCCAGCUGCCCAAGGGACUGGACACUCUGGUGACAGGAGGAAAUUUCUCUGGCGGCCAAAAGCAACGUGUGGCUAUUGCCCGGGCAUUGGCACGGAGGCCGCAGAUAUUGCUGCUGGACGAGGCCACCUCUGCGUUGGAUAACGAGUCCGAGCGAAUGGUCCAGGCCACGCUUGACUCCCUGGACGUCACGUACGGCCAAACAAUCACAACCAUCUCCAUUGCCCACCGGCUAACAUCCAUUGUCUCUUCCGACGCCAUCUAUGAGGGCCGCGUCGCAGAGAAGGGCACCCACGCAGAGCUGAUGGCCCUAGAGGGCCAGUACUAUGCCAUGGCGUCGCUGCAGAAGGGUGCUCCAGCGAUUCCAGCGCCGCCAGCGCCGCGGCGGCCCGUUCUGAAGCGCCAGGGCUCACAGGUUGGUGGCAGUUCCGUGUCCCUCUCCGCCGCCCUCCAGCGCACGAGCACGUCCUUUGUUGGUGCCAUGGCGGGAGAUCCCAUCCAAAACAGCUUCAUGGCGGAGGCAGCACAUGAACCUGACGAGGAGAUUCCUGUUGCUCCCGCGGUGAUGCCCAGGCUCUGCCAUAUUUCUCGACCGUUCUGGACUGUCUUGCCCUUCGCUUUCCUGAUCAUCAUUAUCGAGGCCGUUGCUGCUCCGUUUCAGGCCCUCCUCUUCACCGACGCGAUGAAAAGCCUCCUGGCAAGCUAUUACGAGAAAUCGGUCGCCGUCAUGCUGUUCAAGCUUGACCGAGCCUGCUUCGGCCUGGCUCUCUUGGGCAUCGUCAUGGGUGGCAGUGUGGUGAUCAUGAACAGCAUCUUCACCUUCCUGCAGGAGAGCAUCAGCCUUCAGCUCAGAAAGUUGGCUUUUGGCAGCGUCAUCCGCAUGCACAUGGCCUUCUUCGAUUCGCCGGAGAACCAAACAGCCGAUCUGUUGGUGUCUUUGGAGAGGCACAUGAUCCGGGUGUCACAGAUGUUCGGUGUGAACUUGUCCAACACCGUCAUGGCGGUCCUUACAGCGGUCGUCUCGGUUUUGGUGAGCUUCCUUGGGUCCUGGUUCCUCGCCGCCAUACUCUUGGGCGUGCUGCCCAUUUGCGGCUUCCUCGCCAUGUCUGUGUCCGUCAUGGCACAGAAGCUCUCUCCGGGCGUGGAAGCGGCCUACGCAAUGUCCGGCGCGAGUAUUUCAGAAGCUGUCAUGUCCAUUCGGACAGUAAGGGCGCUGGGUGCGGAAGAACACACACUGGACAUCGUCUCCGGCCUGCUCCAGGUGAUGUCGGACUACCACAAGGGCGCGGCCUGCAAGAAGGCCUUCGCUUUCGGCUUCAGCUCGGGCCUCGUGCAGCUGGUCUACUUGGUGGGCUUCUGGCUCAGUGCGAUCAUGAUCAGCAGCGGCAAGUUCAAUGCCGAGCAGGUGCUGCUGACCCUCUUCUGUGUGACUUUCGGUUUGCAGAGCGUGAGCAUGAUCGCCAUGUACCUGCCGGACUCGGCCUCAGGUGCUGUCGCAGCCGCAGAGGUCUUCCGUCUUGUCGACCUGCAGUCGAACAUCGAUGCGGUGGAACCUGAAGGACGGAUUCAGAGCCUGGGAGACGGGACGAUUCGCUUCGAGGACGUGGUGUUUUAUUAUCCUCACCGCUCCGAAGUCAUCGUGUUAAAUCGGCUGUCCCUCGAGAUUCGGCAAGGCCAAAGGGUGGCCGUCGUCGGUUUCUCGGGAAGUGGCAAGUCCACUGUUAUCCAGCUCCUCCUGCGCUUCUAUGAUCCCCAGCGCGGUAGAGUAAGCAUUGGAGGCCAAAACCUGAUCCAGCUGGAUGUGGCUUGGUUUCGUCGUCAGGUAGCUCUGGUGGGUCAAGAGCCCGUACUCUUCAAUAUGUCUCUGGAGGACAAUGUGAAGUACGGGCUCCCUGGAGCCAGCCACGAAGAGGUGCUAAGCUCUGCCCGUGCUGCGAACAUGGACUAUGCGUUGGACGGCACGAAGCCCUGGUCUCAUCGUGUCGGCCUUGGCGGCGGGAAGCUGAGCGGAGGCCAGAAGCAGCGAUGCGCCAUUGCACGGGCAUUGUUGCGCCAACCGAAGAUACUGCUUUUGGACGAAGCCACAUCGGCGCUGGACUCUAAAUCUGAGGUUCUGGUGCAGCAAUCCAUCCAGCAGAUCCAGGCCACCACCAUCACAGUCGCCCACCGCUUGUCCACCAUUCGGGACUCCGACAAGAUCUUCGUCCUUGCAGAGGGUCGCCUUGUUGAGCAAGGCACCUAUGCCCAACUCAUGGCCAUGCAAGGCAGCUUUGCCCAGCUGGCGGGAGCUGAGCUUCUUCGGCUGCUGAAAGAUCGUAGCGAGGCUCUCUUUCCGAACGAGAAGGAAAAGGAUGGAAAGGAUUUCCAGGUCCACGCACGCCAGCGAGUCGCCUACGGAGCCCUGGACUUUGCCAAGACUCCUGUGCAGCUGCUGAUCAGCGUGCACCUCCUCACUUUCUACCAGCAGGCCGGGGCCUCCUUGGGAGCGAUCGCCUUCUUCACCUCAACCGCCCGCUGCUUCGACGUCUUGUCAGAUCCGUUGAUGGCCCAGAUCUCGGACGGCUUUUCCUCAAGGUUCGGCCGCCGAAGGCCGUUUGUUUUCGCCGGCUGCAUUCUUUACGGCGGCUGCCUCCUGGCACUCUGCACACCGCCGGAGUCGCUUUCGGGGGCCAGCACCGGCGUUUGGUUCGGGUGCUUCUACAUCCUCUUCUUUCUGACAGAUACGCUUAUGUCAAUCCCGCACAAUGCGCUCGGGCAGGAGAUCACUUCAGACACCGAUCAGAGGCGCCUGGUUUUCAUGGUGGCCAAGAUUUUCCAGGCUCUUGGCAUGAUCGCUGCGGCGGCUUUACCAGUGCUCUUGGGAACUAUUCUCAGUGCAGACUGCAAGCUGCCUGCUGAGUGUCAUGGGACCGCUGCAGAGGAUCACUGUGCCGCGCUGGAGCGCAGAUGCGAUGGCAUUCAAAGCCGACAGGCGAUGCUGGCCACGGGCCUCAUCUUCGGCGGUGUCGCCGUUGCUUCAGGUUUCGCCUGUGUCGCGGUGAUCCGUGAGCGCAAGCCGGUUCGUGAGGGUGAGGAUGGACUUUUGCAGCACCGGGACCCGGGAGACGAUCAGCCAACGAAGUUGGACGGGAUCUUGCCCGGAUUCCUGGCAAUGCUGCAAAAUCGCCCUUUCCGGGCCAUGAUCGCUCCUUGGAUACUGGAUCAGACCAUCGUCGCCAUGCUUUCGUCGCUUCUUCCCUUCUACGUGCAGUAUGUCAUCUCCCCGGAGGUGGUGUGCCAGGUCAGUAGUCCGCCGAUUCCGAUUGCCAGCGCCCGAUGCAGCUCGAGAAUGCUGCUGGGCAUUGGCCUCGUCUGCAUGCUGCUGGCCGCCAUCUUUUCCAUGCCUCUCUGGCAGCGCGCGGCGAUGGGCUUUGGAGACUACCAGACCUGGUUGGCUUUUAACUUCUUGAACGCCAUCACUACGAUUCUGUUCAUCGUUGGCCAGACCUCAACACUUGCCAUCGUUUUAACCAUCUGCUUCGCCAUCCUCAAUGGUGCUCCCAUAGGCAGGGCCUGA